AAUAAAACAGCAGCAGGUUGAUCUGAGGUUGAGACGAUCUUGUCAAGGUUUGUUUUACAGCCGGACAUCUACUGCAGGGAUCUAAAUAUGCCCGUCACACUAAUACUGUGGAUCUUACUCUUUUUCUCAGUGGGAGAGGAUUGUGAAGCAGCUUCCCUGCAGGACUAUGAUUAUACCUACGAAGAUGGAGACUACGAGGAUCCACAGCCUCUCAACUGCUCAGUAGCAGAGAGCAUCAAAGGUGGACGUGUCUCCUUCUCUCAGGGCGGGCUACAGGGCAGCGUACUGACCUACCACUGUGCUCCGAGCCAAUAUCCAUUCCCUGUCAGCUACAGAGUGUGUGAGGCCAGUGGUGACUGGUCGCCCAUGAGACUGGCCAGUGGUCGGCUUGUGUCUCGAGCCACAUGCAAAGACGUGCUGUGUCCGGCUCAGCUCCAGCUGGAUCAUGGAGAGUUCUGGCCCCGGGACCAGUGGUUUCGCGUCGGGAUGACUCAGAGCUUCUCCUGCCAGGAAGGGUUCACCCUGGAAGGGUCAGCCCAGAGAAACUGCACUCUCUCCGGAGAAUGGACAGGACACACUCCUGUCUGUAGCCACCAUGAUCCAGCUGAUGACUGCAAUGAUCCAGGGAUUCCACCAGGGGCGCAGAGGACAGCUGGUCAUUUUCACCUUGGAGAGAAGUUGACUUACUGGUGUCAGACCGGUUUGGAUCUGUUGGGCUCGGCUGAGAGAAUUUGUCUGAAAAACAGGGAGUGGAGUGGCUCAACACCACGCUGCCAAGGCCCAAAUACCUUUGAUUCCCCCAGCUCUGUAGCUGCAUCCAUAGCAGGGUCGUUUGCCGGAGUGAUGGAUGUACUCUCACCUGACGCCAAAAAGAAAAGUGAAGACGAGAGUUUUGGUCGAGCCUUUCGUGUGGCAGACGUCGGUCGCAUGCACGUCUACAUUUUACUGGACACGUCAGGAAGCAUCAAAAAGGACGACUUCGAAUUAUCAAGGAAUGCAACUGCUGCUUUGAUUAGAAAGCUUGACAGCUACGACGUACAGAUGAAUUUCCAUGUGUUGUCAUUUGCCAGCAAGACUAGAGACAUCGUGAACAUCACAGACACGGAGACAAGUGGCAACGUCGACGACGUCUUAUGGUACCUGACGGAAUUCGACUAUCGGAGUCACGGGCGUAAAACUGGCACCAACCUCUACGAGGCCUUAUACCGUGUCCUGGAGAUGAUGAGCAUCUUCAAGCAAAACAGACACACAAACCAUUUUAAUGAAACUCAGAACAUCAUCAUCAUCGAGACAGACGGCUACUCCAACACGGGGUCCAAACCUUUGCUCGCCCUCAGGCAGAUCAGGAAACUGUUGGGUUACAACCACACAGCCCAGUACCACACACACGAAACCAUGCUCGAUGUCUAUGUUUUUGGUGUUGGGGAAAAUGUAAACAGAGCGGAGUUAGACGCUUUGGCAUCCAAGAAAAGUGACGAGCAGCAUUUCUUCGUCUUGAAGAACUUUGAGGUUUUGGGAAAUGUGUUCAACAGCAUAAUCAGUGAUGAGAGUGUGACGAUGUGUGGAAUAGCUCAGGAGAGUAUCACUGAAGAGGAGAGGAAGGAAGGCGUGAAAGCCAACACUGAGCCCUGGCACGUGACUCUGCAAUCCCCUGAAUGGGGGCCUGAAAAGAAGUGCCGCGGGUCCAUUGUGAGUCAGAACUGGGUGCUGACGGCCGCUCACUGCUUCGCCAAAGUGAGCUCAGGCAGGGUCGCAAAGGAUGUGUCCAUAGAAUAUGGUGAUGGCUCAUUGAAGGUCAAUAAAGUGAUCAUGCACCCCGAGUACAACACCUACGCACUGCAACACAGAAAUGUGUCUGAGUUUUACGACUACGAUGUAGCUCUGGUGCAGUUGAAAGAGAGCAUCCCACUGUCCAGGUCAGCCAGACCGAUCUGCUUGCCGUGUACCAUACCAGCCACCCGAGCCAUGAAGAAGAUCAACUCUACCUGUGAAGAGCACAGAAAGGAGCUCCUAGGACACCAGACGACUCCUGCCUUUUUCAUCCACAACAAACAAGAACGCAAAGCAACACACAUUCACCUGGACAACCAGAGGGCUGCGUGUGUGGAGAAAGCCAGGCAAACACUUGAUCAUCCUACUGAUGUAACUCUGAAUGAGUAUGUAACAGACAGGUUCCUCUGCUCCGGGGGCACCGCUGGGUACCAGGACGCCGUCACCUGCAAAGGUGAUUCUGGAGGAUCUCUGUUUCUGCAAAAAAGACUGCGCUACUUCCAGGUGGGCGUCGUGAGCUGGGGAAUCACCGACACAUGCGCCCCCAAAUCAGGGUCCAAAAUGUACAGCAACAACAGGCCGCCUCCCGACGCACGAGACUUUCACAUCGACAUCUUCAAGAUAAUGCCGUGGCUGAAGCAGCACCUUGGUCAGGAGAUCCAGUUCCUGCCUGACAUCCACUGAGAGGACACAGUCUCAUUUCACAGCAUCCAAAAACUUAAUCGUGUUUCAGUAGCUUUAUUGUGAAUUAAAAAAAACAAAAAAACACGGGGUAUUCUCUAAAC